CUGAAGUACGGUGUUCUAGGAGGAUCAUUUCUGUUGCUUGGGUUGUUGUUGAUGAUCUAUUAGACAGAAAUCUGAGUGUAUACAGAAAUAAGAAUGGCUAACCCCGGAGUCGAGGGCUCCGUCUCCGGGGUACUGGUAACCCAAAAGCCAGGAUCAGCCGCUUUAGCCGUGGGGCGAGAGACCCAGGGAAACACUGUAAACAUCAGGCCGAAGAGACAAGUGCUGUGCGAGGAAACAUAUAUUCAGAACCUGCAGAAAAUUAUCCAGCGUGAUUUCUUCCCAGACGUGGAGAAGCUGAGAGCUCAGAAGGAAUAUCUGGAAGCAGAAGAGAGUGGAGACCUAGAUAAGAUGAGGCAGAUAGCUAUCAAAUUUGACUCUUCUGGGAAAGGUUCUCAGGAAACACCACUGCCGUAUGUCACACCGGCUACAUUUGAAACACCUGUUGGAAUUCCUGGCACACCCUUGCUGAUGAGUAAGCGCAGAGUGGGAGAUGAUGGGCCUGGAGAAAACCCAGAGAAUGAAGCAAAUGACCUACCUGGGCUGGAUAGUUUUUUGGCGAAAAACACAAGUGAGGACAAUGCUUCAUUUGAGCAGAUUAUGGAGGUGGCAAAGGAGAAAGAAAGGAGUAGGCUCUCGUGGCUUUAUGAAGCAGAGGAGGAAUACAAACAGCGACAGCAAGAGAACUUGGCUCUUCCUUCUGUUGAACAGCAAGCGAUAGAGUGCGUAAAGGCAGGACUGGAUACUUGGGAGUACAAGACACACAAUUCCCUAAUGUAUUAUCCUGCAGGUGUCCCUGAUAAUGAUACCAUCUUCAAAAAGCCUAGGGAAGUUAUUCAUAAAAAUACUCGAUUUCAGAAAGAUCCAUUCAGCCAGGCGCUAAGUAAGACUCAGCUACAGCAGGCAGCAGCGCUAAAUGCGCAGUAUAAACAAGGAAAGGUUGGGCCAGAUGGGAAGGAGCUGAUCCCACAGGAGUCUCCCAAGGUCAAUGGCUUUGGAUUUGUUGCCACACCAUCUCCUGCACCAGGAGUUGAUGAAUCUCCGCUAAUGACAUGGGGUGAAGUUGAAAGCACCCCUUUCCGACUGGAUGGAUCAGAAACCCCUUAUUUGGAAAAGGCACCGGGACCAUCUUUUAAGAUUUUGGAGCCAGGUCGCAGAGAGCGUCUAGGUUUGAAAAUGGCAAAUGAAGCAGCAGCCAAGAACAGAGCAAAUAAGCAGGAAGCCUUGAGGAAAGUGACGGAAAACCUGGCCAACCUGACACCCAAAGGACUGAGUCCAUCUAUGUCUCCUGCUCUACAACGUUUAGUAAAUAGGACUUCAAGUAAAUACACUGAUAAGGCUUUGAGAGCCAGUUACACCCCAUCACCUGCACAUCAUGGAACCCCAGGCUAUAAAACUCCUGCAGGUGUCCUUCAAACACCUACUGUAACGCCUGGUCAAAUGACUUCAUCUCAGACCCCUGCAGCACCAGAUCCCACGUCCAUUACUGACAACCUGCUACACCUUCCUAAACGGAGGAAGGCGUCAGACUUCUUCUGAACAACAGCUUGUCCAAGACUUAAUUGCACAGGAUUUUAAGAGUUAGAUGUUUCAAAAGGAUUCAAGAGAACCUAACCUGUUUGCUUAUGGCUGCAGUUCUAUUCGCUUGGCAUUCAGAGACACUUUUACAGGUUCUUAGACGAAUUGCCUCAUAAAAAUAGGCUUUUUUCAAAACACUGACAAUUUCACAAAUAUUUGAAGCAAUUUUUUUUUUUAUCUGCUGAUUGAAUGUGUUUAAAAAAAAAAUGCCUGCAGAAUGAUUGGUGAGCAUCUAUAGAAGGUGUUUUUUUUUUUUCCUGCCGAUAAUAUAACUGCAUAUGAUUCUUUUUCUUAAGCUGUAUUUGUUUUACAGUUUAAAAUAUACAAUCCUUUUAAAUAUAUGCAAAUAUUGUUUUUAUCAAACCAUUUCUUCUUUAUAUUAUUUCUUGCUUUAGGUAAAAAAAAAAAACUCUGUAUAAUAAUACAUCGAUAGAAACAUACUGUGAAAGUCAGAUUGAAAAUGUAAGGUUUCAUUUAUUUUUAUUAUUAGAAAUAUGGAUGUUGCUAUAUGCCUAUGUCAAAAGGAUGUAUUCAAAUGCAUUGUAGGCUAUACGAAGGGUCUAACAUGGCUUUUUUAGGGUUUUGCAAAUUGCUACAGGAACAUGGUGCUCAGCGUCUUCAUGUAUAUGAAACCACAGCAGUUAAGCUUGUUAACAAAUAUUUAUAAAUUGUUCAGUAAAAGCCUUAAAGUGAAACUAACAAAAUAUGCAUGAUUUAUGUCCUGGCCUUCAAUGUCUCACUAGUUAACAGGGACGGCUACCACAGAGAAAAUUGGUUUUAUCAGGACAGGAACCUCAAUUUAAAAAUAAAGCACAGUUAAUACAUUUUAAAAAAAUAAUUCUUUAGAUGGAACCAAUAAUUUUUGUUCAGUAUUAUUACUCAUUUAUGGACAUUCCAAUCCAUUUGGAAACAGCUGCUAUGUGGUUUUCUAAUUUCUUUUUACCUAUUCAACUUUUACACUAUUUUGCAUAUAUAUAAUUUGUCAGGAGUAUACCAAUCCACAAGAAUGUAUUUAUUUAUUUACGUAUGUAUGUAACUUUCAAAAGCCUUGACCUCUUGAAAAACCAUUUUUGCUCGUAUUAUGUGGAAUUUCAUGGUUAAGCUACAAAGCUUAAAGGGAUAUAAAGCCCACUUUUUUUUUCAUAAUUCUCUAUCUUUAUUUGAAAAGGCAGGAAUGUAAGCUUAGGAGCCGGCCUAUUUUUGUUUCAGCAGUACGCAUCAUGGGUAGCGCUUGCUGAUUGGUUGCUUCAUUUAGAUAAUAGGAGUAAAUUAGAAGGUUGCUUAAAAUUGCAUGUUCCAUCCGAAUAAGGAAAGAACAAAAUUGUGUUUCAUAUCUCUAAACCUAGGAAUAAAUGUUACAUAAUUCUAUUUGCAGAAUUAUGUACCAUAAGAAUAGACGUAUCUGUGGAAUAAAAGGAAAUUAAUGAUUUAUGUCCCCAAAAGUUUACUUACCUUAUAUGUAUUACCAUUGCUGGGUAAGGCAGCCAACAGCUUUAUUCAGUGCAGGAACAAGCUACAUUUAGUUGAACUGGCAUACUGUAACAAGCCUGUGACAUUAUAUUUAUGAAAAGAAAACGCAGAAGAGGAUGGUGUUAUAGGUAAAAAAGUAAACUGUUGGGGGCAUAUAUCUUAAUUUUUUUUUUCCACAGGUACAGUUAUUCAUAGUGCAGAAUUAUAACAUGUAUUGCUUUGUUUUACUGUCCCUUUAAAUAAAGACCUCAGAAUGUU